CACCUCCCGCGCAAUUCCUGCCCACGGAUUCGGGACCAUCAAAAGCAAGUUCCAUGAGCUGCCCCACUUGAACGGGGCUGGGCUGCGUCUUUUAGACCCUACCUCGGCCUUGCUCCGAUCCUGCAUGUUCUUUCAGCCUCUGCUAGGACGAAGCAAUCGGCGCAAGAAGGAAGAAAAUCGGUAGCGGUCAAUAUGCCAGGUCGUGGUGGUGCUGGAAAUAUCGCUCAGGCGCAGGAGCAGAGUCGUAGGCUCGCUGAGGACCUCGAAGCCAAUCGUUCCCUUGCCUCUUCUGCGGCGUCGCCAGCAACAUCUACGCCCUCUCAACCACAAGAUUAUGCUCAUAUGGGCAGGGGUGGCGCUGGCAACUGGUAUCAACCGACGGAACUUGAAAAGGAAGGCACCUUUACGCAGCCUUCGGACGCGACCGCCAUUCCCACGUCUUCGAAGCCUCAUGUCUCUACGCCAUGGCAUCCGGAGACCCAAGAGCUGCCUGUUGCCAGGGCGGGAAGAGGCGGUGCGGGCAAUUUCAUGUGGAAGGAUGAAGAGAAGGAGAGGUUAAAGAGAGAAGAAGAAGAGCGUACUAUGGAGAAGGUCAACGAGAAAGUGGAGAGGGAUGUUGAAGCUGGGUUGGCAAAGCCCGGUGCGGCUGUGCUUGGGACCACCAAGGCGGGGAGGGGUUGGUGAGGCUCAGCGUAAGUGUAAAGUUUGGAUUGGGUAGGACCUCACGGGUGACCACUCAACAUCACAAACAUCUUCGUACAAUGUCCAUUUAUUUGUAUUAUCCAACAGCCAUACGGUGCUUUGGUAUUCGAGCUGAUGCUUCCUACUUUCUCAUUUCAAUCUACGUUAUCUAGCGGAGGGUGGAUUGUAGAAGAAGUUGUUGCUAUACCCAACAACCCCUCGAUGUGUUCCAUGGUUCUCACCUCCAUUUUG